CAGCUAAUGUCGUCACAGUCGAGAACAAAACAGGAAGACUUCUCAAGUUCGCAAUAAAUUGACGCUUUCCCGGCUAGAAACGAGCAUCCUUUGCAAUUUGGGCAACUAGAAACACUCAAUAGUUUCAGCGAGUCCUCAAAAUUAAAGGUCUUGCAAGAUGACGACGACCAUGGACUCGGCGCAUCGCAUGAACACGGCUGCCCUGAAAAAAGUUGACCAGCACAUGUUGCAGAUACUGGACACUGCAACGCACGUUGCCCUGUACUCGUUUAACAAUGACCAAAACAAGUGGGAAAAGACAGAGAUCGAGGGUGCCCUGUUUUUGUACAGCCGCGACUCACAGCCGUCUCACGCAUUUAUCAUAAUGAAUCGCCUGAACACAAACAACCUGGUCGAGCCGGUCAAACCAAGUCUUGACUUCCAAAUAAAAGAGCCCUUCCUUUUGUACAAAACUGGCCAGGCCACCAUUUUUGGCAUAUGGUUCUACAACAAAAACGACUGCCACCGAUUCUCGCAGAACCUCGACAAACUGGUCAAGAGCCUCAGCAAGGAGCCUCCCAAGCAGAGGAGCGAUGGCGUGGGUGGUGUUGACAUUUUCGGCAUGCUCAGCAAGGCUCAGGAAGACUUUAAUUCCAAAAAGAAGACAAACGUGGAGGCUCCACAGAGUGUGAUGGACUUUUUCGCCAAGGCCGCUCCCAAAGAUCCGUUUCCGGCACAGCCACCGCCCCCAGUGGAUGUGAUGAAGCCACUGCUGAUGCGAAUCAUGUCCAACCCUGCAAAUACUUUAGAGCACAUAGAAAAGCAGCAGCGCUCCACCACGCCAUCGGACGUCUCCAAGCAGCAGCCGCCGCCACCACAGCAGCAGCAGUCCUCUGUUCCUUCGUUAAUUGCUUUGUCCUCUCCGGUGACCUCUUCCUCGGUGCCCGUCCUCUUUGGAACGCCACCCUCCGUGUCGUCCCUCCCUUCUGUGGUCGAUAUUGAGCGCAACAAAACUGAGCAGCCAGCGUUGUUGCCGCCAAAUAUGUUCACAAACAGAUCUCAGGAGCCGGUCAGGUGGCAGGUUGGAGGAGAAAUCUCGCCACAUGAUUCGACGCCAAAGGCAGAGCACGUGUUGAAGCCUGAGCCACUAACCAGGAACCAGUUGCUACAGGCAGUAUCAUACCUGAUCAAGCAUGACCCAGAGUUUAUCACUAAGCUUCACGAGGCUUAUGUCAAGUCGUUCAACGAGAUGCUGUAGUUUUUGGUCAGUCUGUCGAUUGUCGACGACGGUGCAUUCCUCAGGACAGAUGCACCAUUUCACCCUACCAACCUAUCUCAAGUGAUUUUGUCCAUGAGACCCAGUGUGUUUGUUGUAUUAUAUAUUUGACACUGCAUCCAAUCAGAAUAAAAAUCAUGUUGCGACCUUUUGAUCACUGGAAACAA